AAGAAAAGGAAAGAAAGAAAGAAAAGGAAAGGAAAGAAAAGGAAAGAAAGGAAAGAAAAGGAAAGAAAAGGAAAGAAAGGAAAGAGAGAAAAGGAAAGAAAGAAAAGAAAGCGACUGAAACUGGAUAUGAUCGUGACAGUGAUGAUGAUGAGGAUGAUGUUCAUGUCACUAUCGGAGACAUUAAAACGGGAGCACUACAGUAUGGGAGCAGUGGGACCUCAUGGAGACAACUUGGUAGAAAAGAUUCUAUCAGUGCUCCCGCAGUUUCCCGGCCACACGAGUGAUGGGAUGGUCAGCAUGGCCGGGCUUACGGCCCUCCAGGCUGAAGACGAGAAUCAGAACGUGGUCGCACCAGGCUGUCUGGCACAAUCCCAGUGCCAGAUCACUGAAUUUUGACCAUUUGGGACACUCCUGGAUCCAAGGAACUGUGAACUCAGAGCAGCACACACACUUGUCCCAUGCGUGGUAGGUGCACAUUCCCUCCACAUUCUCUUGACCGGACAGCAGAGAUUUGGUUAUUUCACAGCUGUGGAUACGGACCCCAAGGAGAACCCAUCAACUCUGUGCCACUUUUUUGAGUCUUAUUCCUUUGAGCCUCCUGAAGGUGCCUCCCAGAUCCCCCUCCUUGAGACUGGACUCCUCAGAGAUGCCAGGAAGUCCUGAG